GUUUCUCGGGUGUUCUCAGGCGUGGCGGCGUCAGCGAACUUUUUCACCGGCGACUAACUCGCCCAACAAGUAGCAGCAAGAGAGGUAAGAGUCGAGGCGCGUGGACGAGUUUCUCACCAUGACGAUUCGGCGGGGUUUUUCGUUCUCUCGAGGCUCGAGCGAGUCUCGUUUCGGUCAGAUCGGCUCCGAUAAGUGAAUUUUUCGCGCGCGGCGCAGAUACGUCGAGAUCGCUACGGCGGAGCCUCUAGCCGGUAUUAAAUGGUGUCGAGGAUGGAGGGAAAGCCCCGCAUUUUCACUCGUUACGUAAAAUGGCCGAGGCGCGCCGUUUUAGAAAACCGUGGCGUUCUUAUUUAUCCGAGGAAAACUGUUUCCUCCGUGACAUCCGUCGUUAUCAACGUUGCUCCAUCGUCUACUCCCUCGCCGACGAUCGCGCCCUAAUUCAGUGAUAGCCGAAAGUAGCACGAAACUUUCCUCGGUGUACAUCGCUAAUGACGAUCUCCGCGUUAGCAAGUACGCGUUUUACGACCAUUGUCUCGUUGAUGCGCGUCAGACGAGACCAUCAUUACGCGAAGAUGCCAAUCGACCCAUUUCCGCAAACGUCAUAAUACGUACAUCUAAUUUAACGUAGCGUGUGUCUCCCACUAAGCUAACAGUUCAAGUUCAAUCUUGGGGAACGUGAUAUUUCGAUUGACAUUUCCAUUCGCGUUUGCGUGCAAUUUAAUGAGAAUACUCUACUACGGCAUUUGAAUGUCAAAGUGAAAAAUCCGAGUUAAAAAAAGUGGAAAAACGCAUGAUUUCUCUCUCUUUCUCUUUGUCUUUCUCUCGCAAGACGACUCGGCAGUGUGACUCGGUCGUAUCGGAUCGCAUCCGGCGCGGCCAUGCCGGGGGGAUCUAUCUCGUGGAAUCCUGGCGGGAGACGACACGUGGUUGUUGCGGUGGCGAUUGGCACGAGGCUGGCUCCCUACUCACCUUCCUCGGCUUCCUCGUCCACGCUGGACGCAACGAGGCGAUCCUCAAAGCGCGACCGGUAGUCGAACCGCAUGCACACGCUGAGCCUACAACACGGGAAUGCGGAGCAGUGCGCGCGUGGGCCACUGAUCUACCAAGUACGAACACUACGAACGUUCGUGCCUAGUCCUUUUCGUGAGAUUCGUGAAUCGUGAAAUCUCGUCGUUCAUCGGAAAGGAAAAAGAAGGAGAAAUGCGCGGCGAUCAACCAUUGAUUGUCAGGACCAAGUAAAAAAGAUCAAUAUCGAUCAGAUCGAGGGAGGACGGCGCCCAAUUGCCGCUCGUGUUCACGCCUUUUGGCAGACGAGCGCCUCGACAUCGCGCGGAUAUCGGAACAGUCGUUUCGGGCACCCGAUCUCUCCCUUUCGGAAAGACCGAGAGAGGGCUGUUUUAUUUCGCGAUUCAUCCAUGUGUUUAACGGUUGUGGUCCGGUAUCGCGGCCACGUUUGAUUGGGGGACCACGGUGGCGAUGCGUCGUGUCGCACACUGCGCGCACAAUUCCCGGAUCGUCGUCGUCGUCGUCCCCGAAUGCGCGUACGCGAAUGUUCCAUCGUCGUGCUCGUAAGAACGACGCACCGCGAAGGACGGAAUGACCCGGGAAUGACGAUCGAUCAGGUGACUUUUACGAUACGCGAGCGGCGCAUUGUGUGACGAACGUGAGCCAGCUUCGAAAAAUCGGGAUCAGGAUGCGCUGGAUCGGUUACGUGGCCACGAUUCUCUGGUGGUCGGGCGUCGCCAGGUCUCUCAGUACGCUGAAUCGAGGUCACAGCUACAAAAUCAGUCCAAAGCCCUGCAAAGUGCCCGGUUCAGAGGGCAAGGAAGGCACGUGCAUGUUUGUCUGGGAGUGUAUCAAAUCCGAAGGAACGCAUGUGAGCGUGUGCAUGGACACCUUCAUGUUUGGCAGUUGUUGCGUACACAACACGACGGUGAAUACGGUGAUAGGUAAUUAUCAACAGCACAAUGCAACGAGCACGUUCAAACCGACCUUGUUGCAACUGGCUGUGGAAUCAAUUGCAAAUGAGUCGGUCAGACUGACAUCAACCUCGCUGACGUCAAGCUUCGCUUGGACCACGUCAAGCACCGCGAAACCAAGCCACUACUAUCACCAUCAGCAGGUAUCUUCAGUGUCUCACGGUGCCUCAACCCGGCCGAUGAAGCCGUUUUCCCACGUGAGACCAUUACAGAAACGGCCGCAUGCCAAACCAACAUCUGUGCACGACGUUAAUCGGCUGCAGACCCUUGCGAUGUCCUCCGCAUCCCCGGCGAACACAUGGGUAGAGGGUAGGCCGCAGGAGACGAAGAAACCCAAUCAUCAUCAUCAUCAUCAUCAUCAUCAUCAUGGAGGACACCUGUAUCAAAAGACCAGACCCGAUGAAGGACCGACGAACGAGAGACCUACCUCUGCCCAAAGUCAACCAGGUUUCAAGGACAAACUGGAACACAACACGUUAAUUGUACGCUUGCCGGGGAAGGAGCAUGCAUCGACCGAAGACGAGAUCGCCGGCUCAAGCGAUUUGGGCAAGACAAAACCGAGUAAACCGAGUAAACCGAGUAAACCAGGCAAUCAAAGGCCCUCCGAAUCAAGGCCAGACGAUAGCAAGACCGAGGAUGCCGAUCUUAGUGUGCAAGAAACAAUAAAUCGACCGAAUGUAAAUUCAAUUGUCAAAAAUGAAACAGCAAAAGAGCCGCAUUCGAAUCUGAACUUUAUACAUACCGAGCGACCGCAUUGGGCAACCAAACCGGCACAGUCAAAACCAUCAUCGACAGACUUCUCUAAGCCGUACUUCUCGAUCAAGACGACUACUUACCAACCAAUCUCGAUAAGCAGUCAAGCAGAUAACAGGCCGAAUUUCAUUUCGAAGCCGAACACUUGGUCACUGUCCACCAAAAGGCCAUCAACGACAACGACCAUUAGACCGACAAUUAUCAGGCAACCUUCUACCAGCGCAGCUGGAUCCGUACUGCAAACCUCUCAUUGGCACGUGACUACAGAACCAGCGUUCGUUACGAAGCAAAAACUACCAUCGCUGUCUUCGCCAUCGUCGUUCUCGUCAACAUUAUCAUUUUCGCCGUCUUCAUCCUUGUCGUCGUCGUCCAAACCGAUAACGGCGAUGACCGUACCAGAGACUGUACGAGUACCAUCUUCAGGUACGAGCUCGCAUUUCUGGUCGAACAGCUGGACACCACCUAGGCCGUCCUUGAAGCCGCACUGGACGGAUAGUCCUGGUCUUGUUCAGAAUGGCCCGGAAAGCUUCCCACAGCGACCAAGCUUCAAACCGACCGAGCCACAUCAAAGCACUGAAUACCAGAAACCAUUGGGCUCGGCGCAUUAUAUAACGACAUCUCAUCUAGAGACCUCAACUAGGCCACGACCCACAAAGAAAACCACAAUUCCAAGCACAACGACAUCAAUCACAUCGACUAUCGGCAGUAUAACCAGUCCAAUCACAGCGACAACGUCAUCAAUGAAUAGCACAACCAGCCCAAGUACCGUGAGUGUCACCGUAACACUAGAAACAUCAACUGUCGGCGUGGAGGCAAGUGAGAAGACAGGUUCGGUGAUGACGAUCGCGGCUGCUGAGGAUGGUAGGAACAUGCAAUGUGGCGUGCCACCUCUGUUCCCACGACCGGAAACUAGGAUCGUCGGCGGUAAAGAUGCACCAUUCGGACGGUGGCCUUGGCAGGUGUCCGUACGUCGGACAUCGUUCUUUGGAUUUUCAAGUACCCAUCGUUGCGGCGGAGCCAUACUCAACGAGAAUUGGAUCGCUACGGCGGGUCAUUGCGUCGACGAUUUGCUGACAUCGCAAAUUCGGAUACGAGUUGGUGAAUACGACUUCUCGUCAGUUCAAGAGCGGUUACCCUAUGUUGAACGCGGCGUCGCCAAAAAGGUCGUGCAUCCCAAGUAUAACUUCUUCACCUACGAAUAUGAUCUGGCACUAGUGCGACUCGAGAGUGCGUUGACGUUCGCGGCACAUAUCUCGCCCAUCUGCCUACCAGCAACGGAUGAUCUUCUAAUUGGCGAGAACGCAACGGUCACGGGCUGGGGAAGGUUGAGCGAGGGUGGAACACUACCCUCAGUGUUACAAGAAGUAUCUGUGCCAAUAGUGAGCAAUGAUAGAUGUAAAUCGAUGUUUUUGAGAGCAGGCAGACAUGAGUUUAUACCAGACAUUUUUCUCUGCGCUGGCUAUGAGACUGGUGGGCAAGAUUCGUGUCAGGGCGAUUCCGGAGGUCCUCUUCAAGUUCGCGGAAAGGAUGGCAGAUACUUCCUUGCUGGUAUUAUAUCCUGGGGUAUCGGAUGCGCGGAAGCGAAUUUACCAGGCGUCUGUACUCGAAUUUCUAAAUUCGUAUCAUGGAUCUUAAAGAAUGUGACUUGAUCACUGGAUAAGUGACAAUUAAAAAAGAAACGAUUCUCAAUGUUGCGUAAUAUCGUUGCGUGAGAAAUGUGGGUUAUCUUAGAGUUUUAUAAUGAAGGAAUAUAUUUUCUAUAUAUCAUUUGCAUCUAUUUAUUUACAUUCACACUGCCACUCACGAGAUAAUAUUACGGGAUAUGUAUAUGUGUAUGCUAUACAUGUACAAAAGCGUAUAUUUUGCACUGAAACAAAGAAAUGGAAUUCACACACUAUCAUCGAAUGCUGACUCAUCGAAUGAAUAUGGGUAUAUUCAUGUAUACAAAACAUCUUUACAUCUCGUGCAUUAUUGUAUAGCAGCAUAUUCAACUGUAUUUAUACAUAAAUCCAAGUAAGGAAAUAAUAUAUUUCUUAGAUUAACAUUAAUAGAUUAAUCAAUUGAGUAAUCGAAGAAAGUCUGACAAGUUGUAAUGAAGUUAUUGAAGAAAUAGAAUUAAUAGAUCGAAGUACGUUGUCAUCGGUACGCCGUUAUUUUAUUAUUUCUUGUUACUUUGAGAACGUCAUAACGUAACUGCAAAUAAAAGCAAUAGGAGAAAUUGUGAAAUAAUAUAAUACAUUUUACGAUAAUUAUCAUUUUGUUAGAAUCAUUAUUAAUGUAAAACAAAUUGUUAAAUCAAAUUAUAUAUACUAGUAUUAGCAUGAUCGUAUGACCCAAACACGAUAAAUUCAUGUAAAAUUCAAUAAAAGAAAUUAAUGGAAUUCUAAGCGAUUUGAAAUAAUAAUGAAAUUUGCUCUUUAGUUAAUGGCGCACGAGAUGACGUAACAUUCUUCCAAAUGCUCAAUUUUGCAUAUUUCAUAUUAUACUUCUUUCCUAUUUUUAUAUUCUUUAUUUACAAAUAGAGAUUUGUACAGAAUACAAUGUUAAUUGCGUGUAUUUGGUAAAAUAAUAAUAUUUUGUGUGAAAGAAGGAGAGAAGUCUACAUUAUAAGAUGUAGAACUACAUAAGUAUUUAUAUAUAAGUAUCGCCAAAUAAAUGAGAGUGUUUAU